AGUUUCACCACUUUAGUUCAGUAAAUCACUUUUGCUCUUAUUAUUCGGAUUUACUGGAGAAGUGUGCACAGACGCUGACAGCCAGUGCAGAGAAGUAUAUUAAGUGAGAAGGAUCCUACUGCUGAAUCAUCAUGUGGCUCCCUUUGCUGGUAGUGUUGGGUUUGAUCUUCUUAUACAGAUGGUACCGACAAAGUCUAAUCCUGGACAAUCUUGCAGGCAAAUAUGUCUUCAUUACUGGAUGUGACACAGGAUUUGGAAAUAUUCUGGCAAGGAACUUGGACAAACGUGGAAUCAGGGUUCUGGCUGCAUGUCUGAGCGAUACAGGAGCUGAAAAUCUGAAAAAAGAUACUUCCAGUAGACUGCAGACUGUCAUUUUAAAUGUCACUGACAGUGAGAGUGUUAGCAGUGCAGCCAAAUGGGUAUCUUCUAUUGUUGGAGAACAAGGACUCUGGGGUCUUGUAAACAAUGCAGGAGUCUGUAUACCAUGCAGUCCCAAUGAAUGGAUGACUAAAGCCGAUUUUGCAAAAGUCCUUGAUAUUAAUCUGUUGGGAUUGGUGGAUGUUACACUCAACCUCUUACCAUUUAUCCGGAAAGCCAGAGGGCGCGUGAUCAAUGUAGCCAGUAUUGCGGGAAGGUUUACUCUAAAUCCUGGAGGAUAUUGCAUGUCCAAGUAUGGAGUAGAAUCCUUCUCAGACACCCUCAGGCGUGAAAUGAAGCCAUUUGGAGUGAAGGUGUGUAUCAUUGAGCCAGGAUUUUUCAACACCCAGUUAACAAAUACACAAGCUUUAAAAGCAGAUUUACAAAAGAAUUGGGAAAGCACUACAGAAGAACGACGACAAAGUUAUGGAGAAGAAUAUUAUUUAGAAAGUCUAAAGUGUAUUGAUGCAGUGAAGCUGGUAUGCAACAACAAUCUGCAGCUGGUCCCACAGACAAUAGAGCGCGCUCUGUCCGCAGUUCAUCCAUGGACACGAUAUUCUGUAGGCUGGGAUACUACGCUCAUAUAUUUGCCCUUGUCCUAUUUUCCCACUUUUAUCCUAGACUUUCUCCUAACCAUUGCACAGCCUAGACCAGCACAGGCAAAGUGAUUGUGUAUUUGAUUGUCCUAAGCUAUUAUACGAACAAAAUGUUAUAAUAUGAAUAAAUAUGAGCA